GGACUGCCGCGGCGGAGCGAGUGAGGCGUGUGUGGAGUAGCGCGCCCGACGACACCCAUGGGAGUAGCCGGGCCGGUGCUACUGCUGGAGUCUCGCCGGGUCUGCUAUGCCGGCGCCAUGCAGAAGUCCAAGUCGUCGUCGAGCGUGGUGCACCAUGGCAGCCGCAUCGUCUCCAAGAAGAUGUGGAGGGCGCGCUCCAAGAGCCAGAGCCGCGCUGUGCCGUCCGUCACCUCCACCUGGACUCCCCAGGGACACUGCGUGUGGAGCAACGUGACCGGCGCCCAGGUGGUGCUGGCCGACACCAGCCUGGUGCAGCUCACGGACCUGGAGCGACGCCUGCUGCAGAAGGUGGCGCUGGCCAAGCUGCAGGCGCUCAACCUGGGCGUGGCGGUCCGAGUGCCCAGUGAGACGCUGGCGGGCGAGGCGCCGCACAAGCCCAAGAGGAGGCCGCACCUGCUGAAGAGGAAGGCGCUCACCACCAGCUUCUUCGACACGGUGGCCGGCAAGGGCGCCGACAAGGACAAGGACCCGGUGGCCGGGUCAGGCCUGGUGUUCGGGAUACCCAUCAGCCAGUGCCUGGAGAACGACCGCCUGGCGCGGGGCUCGGAGGGGUCGGGGGUGCUGGAGGCAGACAAGUCGCGCCUGCGCAGGAGGUCCCACCACGGCAGCCGCUCCAGCUGCGCCUCGCUGUCCGACUCGGCGCACCCGGAGGAGAGCGGGUCCUGCGAGAGCCUGGACCUGGUGGCGGGCAGCGUCCCGGGACAGCUGGACGCGCUGGGCUCCACGGGCGACCUGCUGGGACUGGAGGAGCGCGAGCCAGGGGUGCCCAGCCUGGUGGCCGCCUGCUGCCGGCACCUGGAGGCGCACGGCCUGCACACGCUCGGCAUCUUCCGCGUCAGCAGCUCCAAGAAGAGGGUUCGCCAGCUGCGAGAGGUGUUCGACUCGGGCAAGGAGACGCAGCUGGACGACCAGGUGUGCCCGCACGACGUGGCAACGCUGCUCAAGGAGUUCUUCAGGGACCUGCCGGAGCCCUUGCUGUGCCGCGACCUGUACCACGCCUUCGUGCGGACACAGAGGAUCAGGAACCGCCGGCUGCAGCUGGAGGCUCUGCAGCACCUGGUGCAGCAGCUGCCUGUGCCCAACAGAGACACGCUGUGGGCGCUGCUGACCUUCCUCUCCAAGGUGGCGCUCCACGCCGGCGACUACACUGACGAGCGAGGAGAGAGCGUGGCGGGCAACAAGAUGGACAGCAGCAACCUGGCGACGCUGUUCGCGCCCAACAUCCUGCACCGGAUCCGGCCGGGCAGCGCCAAGGACGUGAGCGCAGAGACGUCGGACGAGCGCGCGGACGCCAUCAGCGUGGUGCGCGCCAUGAUCGACCAACACCAGGCGCUCUUCACGGUGUCGGCCGAGCUGCUGGACGAGGUGUACCUGCACCUGAUGGACAGCCACCCGGAGGCACUGGACCACCUGCUGAGGCGGCGCGGCGUGCCCACCGACAUGGGCGACACGGGCGUGGACCCAGACAGCGACCCGCUGGGGGCAGAGCCACACACGGUGCGGAGGGUGUGGUCGCGUGAGGAGUUCCUGCACGAGAGCGCGGCCAUGGGCGGCCCCGACAUGGGCAUGAGACCCCGGCACAAGGAGCGACUGCGGCACUCCAAGAAGCACUGGUGGGAGGAGGCGGAGGACGGCAGCAGCGACGCGGGCUCCUCGCCCCGACGCAAGUCCUCCCCGGUGCUGCUGGACGCCAGCCCCAGCGUCAUCACCGCCAGCCUCAAGAUCCCCGCCCCCAUCGCGGCCGAGGACGACCUGACCCCCGUCGGAGCGACGCGGUCACGCCAGCGCCACGCCUCGACGAGCGGCAGCGACUCCUCGGCGGUGGUGCCGCUGCCCCGCGCCCUCAGCCCGGCCAGCAGCGUCAGCCCGCCGCCCUCGUGGGCGUCCAGCCCCCCCAACUCCCCGGACGGCACCGUCACCUGCGUGGACUACCUGCCGGACCACCCGUCCCGCCAGCAGCGCGCCGUCGCGCUCACCGCCAAGGAGAUCACGCCCGUCAUCCUGCACAAGGUGACGUUCGCGCAGGCGGGCGGCGAGCAGCGCAUGCAGCUGCUGAGCCAGCCAGGCGGGGGGGAGCUGCUGCCCAAGAGCGCCAGCGCGUCGUGCGUGCCGCCGUGUCCCGAGCGCGACCAGCCCCCGCCCGCCAGCAUCUCCAGCAUCGGCGGCGCGGUCAUGCGCUCCAAGACGGCGGACAUCGAGCGCAUCCUCAGGAUACACCAGCCGGUGGAGCCGGCGGACGCCAAGAAGUACUCCAAGCGGCGCUACACGGACGCCCGGCACCAGACGGGGCUCCUGCCGGACUGCGAGGCGCCGGCGAGCGCCGCACCGAGCUCCCGGCCGGUGCCCGUGUACAAGCGGCGCGAGCUCAUAGCCAGCGACCCCUCGGACCACGAGACCUUCCUGUGACCGCUGCUCCCGCCCCGCGACACGAACCAUUUUGUUACUGCACUUCACACGCUACUGCGAUCACAAUAGUCAUUUGUGUCAAUGGAAGUUGAGUAUGGUGUCAUUUUUAAGAAGUCCUGUAACAUGAUUGUGAAUCUUAAUGCUUUUCACAGCAAAUUAAUACAACUGCUUCGAAAUAUGUUGUCGGUUACUAAUCUCGUUUAUAAGCACUUUUUUUUUUUUAGAGAAUUUAUGUAUAGCUAUUACCUCAGUGGAUUCUAGCAUACUGUGCAACAUAUUUCAAGCACUAUUGUCACACAACUCUGUAUUCCAUAGGAAUUGAGUUAAUAAUUAUUGUGUAACCAAUGAUGUCAGGAAAUAUACUUGUGUUUUAAUUGUGUAAAUAUCUGUACAACUACGGUGCUGCUUUAAUUUAGCAAUUAUUUAAUUUGUUGGAUAUAUUUCUUACUGAAAAAUUUUAAAUUUAGUAAUCCUGUCUUUUUAAUUUGUUGGAAUUAAUGUUCAAAUAACUGUAAAGGUAUUAAAGCUUUAUUUUGCUACUUAGUACCAAUUUACUAGUGUUAUGUUUAGAUGUUCAAAUGAAAUAACCUCUACAAAAAAUGUCACUAUCUAAACUAAAAGUAAAAUUUCCUCACCCACUACUGGUUAGAUGCACCAAAUAUAAAACAGCCAAAGCAUCAGUGCACGAAGAAGAAGUGAUCUCAAAUAAUUUCUGAAAUAAUGAAUAAUUCUAUGUUUUCAUCUAA